AUGGCCGGCGGUGAGCUGUCAGGGCUCGGAGGGAUGCUGUUGUCGCUGAAGGGAGCAGCCGCGCUGGUGGCAGGCGCGCAGGGGUUCUACAUUCCGUCAAUGGGCCCGCGGUCGUUCAAGGCGGGCGAGCGGGUGCCGCUGAAUGUCAACCGGGUGUUCUCAGAGCAUGUGCCGCUGCCGUUUGCAUACUACGACCUGCCGUUUGUGUGCAAGCCCAACGACAUCCAGCGGCCGUGGCUCAACGUGGGCGAGGUGCUGCGUGGCGACCGCAUUGCUUCGUCGGACUACGUGCUGACGAUGGGGCAGGACGUGCCGUGCCAAGUGCUCUGCACAAAGUUCCUGAGUGCCGACGCAGACGCAGCAGCGGGGCGGUUCGUGGAGCAGGACUAUCUGGUGGAGUGGAUUGUCGACAAGCUGCCUGGGGCGACCACGUAUGUGUCAGCCAAGGACAAGCAGCGCAAGGAAUACGAGCCCGGGUUCAGGAUCGGUUCGAUAGCGCACCUCAACAACCACAUGACAAUGCACAUUCUGUACGAGAAGCGCGGCGAGGCACGGCGCAUCGUCGGAUUCGAGGUGUACCCGCGGUCGAUCCAGAACUCGUCGUCGUCGUGCCCGAAUCUCAACGCGACCAGCGCACUGCCGCCGCUGGUGGUGGGCGAGCGGCGCGCGCAGACGAUCACGUACUCGUACUCGGUGCGGUGGAUCGAGGACCCGGCAGUGCACUGGACGCACCGGUGGGACCGGUACCUGGCGACAUCGGAUCCGCAGGUGCACUGGUACUCGAUCUUCAACUCGGCAGUGAUCAUCCUGCUGCUGACAGGCGUGGUGGCGGUGAUUCUGAUGCGCAUGCUUAAUCGCGAUCUGGUGGCCACCGACGACUUCCACGACAUCGAGGAGACGUCGGGAUGGAAGCUGCUGCAUGGCGAUGUGUUCCGCGCACCGGCAUACGGCGGGCUGCUGGCGCCGUUGCUGGGGGCGGCGGUGCAGGUGAUGUAUACGUUCAUCGUCACCACGGGCUUCGGGCUGCUAGGUGUGCUGAGCCCGUCGUACCGCGGCGGGCUGCUGACUACGGGCAUUGUGUGGUUCCUGCUGACCGGUGCAGCCGCCGGCUACUACAGCAGCCACCUGUACCGCACGUGGGGUGGCAGCAACUGGUUCAAGAACGCAGUCAUGACGGCUGCGCUGGUCCCGGGCAUGCUGAUCGGCACUUCGCUGUUCCUCAACUUGUUCCUGUGGUACCGCGCCUCGUCGGCAGCCAUGCCUUUCAGCACCAUUCUGCUGCUGCUGGCGCUGUGGCUCUGCGUGGAGCUGCCGCUGACGCUGCUGGGCGCGUGGUUCGGCUUCCGCCGCAAGCCGUACUCGGAGCCGGCUCGCACCAACCCGAUCCCCCGCCCCGUGCCGCCGAUCCCCACGUACCUGCAGCCGGUGCCCAGCAUGCUGCUGGCUGGCGCGCUGCCGUUCGCUGUCAUCUUCAUCGAGCUGUUCUUUGUGCUCAAGUCCAUCUGGCAGGACUCGUUCUACUACGAAUACGGGUUUGCGCUGAUCGUGGGGCUGAUCCUGGCGGUGACAGUCUGCGAGACCACCAUCAUCAUGGUCUGGAUGGCGCUCAAUGCCGGAGUGCACCAGUGGUGGUGGCGUGCCUUUGCCUACGGCGCCAGCUCGGCCAUCUAUAUCCUGGCCUACUCGAUCUUCUACUACUUCUCGCGGGUGCGUGCGGGCAUGCCUGGCGUGGGCGGCUUUGUGCCGACACUGACCUUUUUUGUGCAGUCGCUGCUAAUUGCGACUGCGUACGCACUGUGCACCGGCUCCAUGGGCUUCUUUGCCGCCUACUUCUUUAUUCGCCGCAUCUACCGCCUCGUCAAGCUGUCGUAG